AUGGUUGUGCCGGAAGGAGCAGUAAAAGCAGACGAGGAGAAGGAAGAACUUCAGGCCAGGGGCCAGUGGACCAACAAAAUUGAAUUUGUACUGUCUGUGGCUGGGGAGAUUAUUGGUUUGGGCAACGUUUGGAGAUUCCCAUAUCUCUGUUACAAGAAUGGAGGUGGUGCUUUCUUCAUCCCCUACCUCAUAUUCCUCUUUGCCUGCGGGAUUCCAGUAUUUCUCCUGGAGACAGCCCUUGGGCAAUACACCAGUCAAGGAGGGAUCACUGCCUGGAGAAAGAUCUGCCCUAUCUUUGAAGGAAUUGGAUAUGCUUCACAAGUCAUUGAAUCCUACCUGAAUAUCUACUACAUCAUCAUUUUGGCCUGGGCCUUGUUUUACCUGUUCAACUCCUUUGCUGCUGUUCUACCCUGGGCCAACUGCAACAAUUAUUGGAACUCAGAGCAUUGUGUGGAUUUUCUGAACAGCACCAGUUGGGAGAAUGGGACAGAGUCAGCUAAUGCUACCUCAUCUGUCAUCGAGUUCUGGGAGAAGCGAGUUUUGGGAAUAACCGAUGGAAUACAUAAUCUGGGCACCGUCCGGUGGGAGCUGGCUCUCUGCCUCUUGCUUGCCUGGAUCAUCUGCUACUUCUGCAUCUGGAAAGGAGUCAAGUCCACAGGCAAAGUGGUCUACUUCACAGCCACAUUUCCUUAUGUGAUGCUUAUUGUCCUACUGAUCCGAGGAGUCACCCUGCCAGGUGCCAGAGAAGGGAUUCUGUUUUAUUUGAAGCCAGACAUUUCUAGACUUGCAGAUCCUCAGGUAUGGAUGGAUGCUGGCACACAGAUAUUCUUCUCUUAUGCCAUCUGCCAGGGAUGCCUGACAGCCUUGGGCAGCUAUAACAAAUACAACAACAAUUGCUACUGCGAUUGCUUCAUGCUCUGCUUCCUCAACAGUGCCACUAGCUUUGUGGCCGGCUUUGCCAUUUUCUCUGUAUUGGGUUUCAUGGCGCAAGAACAAGGGGUGUCCAUCUCGGAAGUGGCCGAAUCAGGUCCUGGCCUAGCAUUCAUUGCCUACCCCAAAGCUGUAACAAUGAUGCCCGUAUCUCAGCUCUGGUCUUGCUUAUUCUUCCUAAUGCUGAUCUUCUUGGGGCUGGACAGCCAGUUUGUCUGUGUCGAGAGUUUGGUGACAGCCAUUGUCGACCUCUUCCCGGACAUCUUUCGCAAGAAGGGGCGGAGAGAACUGCUGAUCCUGGGCAUUGCAGUGAUCUGCUACCUGCUUGGUUUGCUGCUGGUUACUGAGGGUGGAAUGUACAUUUUCCAGCUGUUUGAUUACUAUGCUGCCAGUGGCACAUGUCUUCUCUUCCUGGCUAUCUUUGAAGUCAUUUGCAUUGGGUGGGUUUAUGGAGCGGACCGUUUCUAUGACAAUAUUGAGGACAUGAUUGGUUACCGGCCGUGGCCUGUGGUUAAACUAUGCUGGCUUUAUUUCACUCCUGGAGUUUGUCUGGCAACCUUCCUGUUCUCGCUCAUUAGAUACACACCACUCAAAUAUAACAACGUCUAUGAGUACCCCACAUGGGGCAUCACUGUGGGAUGGCUGAUGGCGCUUUCCUCUAUGAUCUGCAUCCCCCUUUAUGUUGUGUACAGCUUGCUGAAAACCAAGGGAUCACUAAAACAGCGGUUAUGCCAGCUCACUGCUCCAGCCACAGACCUGCCCCAGCCGAAGAAGCACUUGAUUGGCUCGACAGGACGGUGGGAUCACUCCAAGCCAGGAUGCCAGAGCCCAGCCAAGGAAGUGCUCAUCAUGACAGAGAAGGAAACCAACUUCUAGAGCUCCUCGGGAGUGACUUUGUUUAUGUUCUGGAAAGGCUGGUGCUUAUUUCUGGUGGCUUCCCUUUAUGUGUGGUAUGAAGUCCCCUUCAGGCUUGGGACAGAUUCGCCCAAGAUGCAUGCAUAG